AACAAAACAACAACAGAACUCAGCUGUUUGCUAGCUAACUAGCCGGCCUGGUUGCUCAGCGCUGUUCUCGGCAGUUUCCCGUCACUCUGGUUUAGCCGCAGAAGUUUUAGAGCUGCUAAUACGCCCGGCUACGAAAUGGUAUCUAGAAAACCCUCAGUUAUGUGCUGCGGUUGGGUUUAAUUUUAACUUCCUUUGUCUCCUUUUUGCUGGCUUCUAGCUGAUUAGCUUUACGACUGAGGACGGAAAGGAGGCUUUCUGCUGGACAUAAAGGCACCUUUCUCAUGAUUGGCUGCACCAAGCAAAGUGGAGGCUUGAACGGCAGGUGGGUGUGGCACACGGAUAUCCUCUUUCUGUCAAGACAUAACAGAGCUGACCUCUGACCUUUUGGCUCGCAGGAAUUACUUGCACUGAUGCAACAAUGUUUAUGGCAAAGUCUGACUCCAAAACCACCUGGUGGAAAUUCUGACCCCCACCAAUGACCACGAAUAUUAUUUCUUCACCGUUCAUCAUGUCACCACGAAAAAGAACCCUCGUCCCAGUAAGCAGCCGGCGGAAAGCAGCGGAUGACUACUUCCCCUUCAACUUGCUGCCGGUGGAGUGCCAGCUGCACGUCCUGUCCUUUCUGAACGAGGUGGAUAAGUGUAGCUGCGCCCUGGUUUGCGCGAGCUGGAGCUGCCUCGUCCGCUCGUGGAAGCUGUGGCGGGUGGCCGACUACUCCCGUCGUGUCGGCUUCCACCUCGGUCAGGAGGGGCUGCUCGUCUCCAACCGGGAGUUCGAGAGGUGGAAAUCCUGGGUCCAGCACUACACCUACCACCUCAUCUCCCGCCGGGCCAGCCUGCUCACGCUGAGGGCCAGCUUCGACCUGGGGGAUCGCUGCAACAAAUGGGGCGAGCUGCUGAGCCACCUACUGGACAAUGUCCACUGCAGAGACCUCAGCCACCUCGACCUUAACUGGACUUUUACUCUUUUAGAGCCGCUCGACCUCAGGGUCCACUCCAGCCCCAGUUCACACCAGGAUAACAUUACCAAAAUGGACAAGGUGACCCGCUUUCAGGAGCUGCUGAGCAAGCUGACCCAGAACUGCCCACGCAUCUCCAAGAUGCGCCUACAUUUUGACUGGUCGGAUUUGUCCGUGUCGUUGCUCACGCAGUUCCAGCAGCUCCGAGUCCUCGAGCUCAAAUAUUUCUGGGUCUUUAAAUGCGUGACUCCCUCAACGCUGCAGAUGCUCAUCAAAUCCCUGCCUAACCUCAAAUCUCUGACGUUAAACAUCUUGGUGCCACUGAGGAACCUCGGCAUCUCCUACACCCUGGAGUCUCAGUCUCUGGAGUUUUUGGACGUGUCUCCAAGCAGAGGCUUGGUCUUCUCCUGCCUUAAGCUGCCAGCCCUGCGUGAACUUCGAGCCAAGAAGAUUGUCCUGCGUGUCACACUGGACCGCAGGACCAGGACGCGCAUCCAGAGCCGCUGGCCCUGCCUGUACCACGUCCUCCGGGAGGGGACGCCGAAGCUUCAGGCUCUAAACAACGAGAGGCUCCUCCCUACAUGGAGAGAGAAAAGUUACGGAGAGCUGACUGCUAUCCUGGAACAGUCCUGCUAUUGUGUUCAGCAUCUAGACAGCUGGCUGUGGUAGUCAAACGCGUGACAGUACAUGAAGUUCUUACAUUUAUCAGCUGGUAAAAUCUAUAAAGGAGCUAAAUAUUGCUUUUACGUCGCAUUUUUAUUAUUAUUAUUGUUUAAAAGAACUGAAGACUCAGAAGAACAAACUUGUUGCUAACAGAAGCAGAUAAAAGCUGAGAUUUGAUAGAAAAGUAGUUUCCAACUCUUUAACAGAAAGCUGCUGUUCCAGUUUAAACGCUGUCCAAAUCCUGACAAGGCAAUCGCCCACAACACAGUUUUCUUAAGUUUGUCCAGUUUUCUCAAAGCUUAAUGUUAAUUCUGUGAUUGAAAAUCUGCUGGAAACAUUUGUAACGCCCAUGAGCGGAUAUGCAUACGUUGUAGCUACGACUACACCAUGAGAUGUGUGCAAUGAGGCCUAAUACCAGAAGACGGCGUGUAGUGGUGACGAUUAGAGAAUAAAGGCAAAAUGUUUUAAAUUGAUUUAAAAGUUUUAUUCUUAAGAAAUAGAAAUCAAUAGGGGGGGGGGGAGCUGUCAGCACUAAAUUCAAAGAAAUGAAGGUAAGAAAAUAUCGACUCUGGUAACGUCCUAAAAUAUGACUGCUUCAUUCUGAAAUUAUUCACCUUUGACUGGGAAAGACACUUUCUCCCUCAUAUUAGCUCUAUUCUAUGAACAUUACAUUUGCAGAUUUUACUCUAAAACUAUUCUCUCGCUCCUCAAUAUAAAUGCAGAAUAGGUUUGGUUUCAAUCCCAGAAAUAUUGUCGCUCUUCUUAAUAUGUCAAAAUGUAAUUUUACAGCUAAAGAAAUUGCAGUUUUUAUUUGUAUUGUGUAAAUAUUAUCCCUUUUUUUUAAAGAGUUUGUACAUUAUUUUGCCUUUCUUCUCAGCAUCAGAUUACCAGCAUAUUUCCUCCACUGUAGAAAGCAGAUGGUUACUGUACUGUAUUUUGUACUCAGUCGUUCCUUGAAUUCGGUUGUAUUUAUUAGAGUCGAUUACUAACUUAAACUGAAGACACAUCAAGUCUUUUGCUAGAGAAUUGCACAGAUGAACACAUGAGAUCAGUGUAUGAAUGCAGUAAAUGGGUAAGAGUGUGUGGAAGACGUGGUGCAGGACCAAAAAUGCCAACGUGAAGCUCUUCUUCCUAAAAAGCAGCUGAAGACCAUCAGCUGUUUCGGUGUGACUGCUCUGACUUGUUGCUGAUUGCUUUCGUUAAGCUGGUGUAAUUCCGAUCACAGGCUGCCGGGAAUGCAGAAACAGUUCAUUCCAGUGCUGAGCCACAUUAUUUUAAUCUCGAGUGCCCCCUCUGUGGGCUGGUUUAUUGUUGCUGUGCAUCAUGUAAAUGUGUUUGUCUGAAGAGGGAGCUAAUGAGUUUCAGCAAACUUUAACCUGCCCGUCUUUAAAAUUAGUCAGCUUCUGAUGUCUGGAAACUUUUUGCACAUUUCCUUUGCUGUCACAAAAGGCUGAUUAUUUCAAGUCAAAUUCCAGCUGUUUUUUUUGUUUUUUUGUUUGUUUUUUUUUGUUUUCAGCUUUAUUUGUCUGCUUGUGACAGCAGAGACAGUCGAGUUAAUGCACUUGCAGUUACCCUUCUUAUCAGCAGAGGUCCUUAUUAUCAAAGAUUUGCCCCUGAAGGUUUCUGUCCCUGUUUAAACCUGCACUGGUGUAACUGGUGGUUUACCUGAUGUGCUCCUGGUUUUUUUUGUUUUUAAUGGCUGAAAGAAAAUGCUCCUGAACAAUGUAAAAUUACCAAGAUUUUGCCUUGAUUACCUGUAACACAGUCUGAUUUAGAUCCAAGUUGCAGUUAUAAUCUGAAUGUGUUUCAACUGGACAAAUGCAGAGUAAAAGUAAGAAAAGUCUUUGUAGCUGCUUAUGAGACUGAAGCAGAUGAUUUUUACAUUUUUCCUGCUACAUAACUCUUUAAGACCAUCAGCAGCUCUUACCCUAUGGUUAUCAGAAUAUGUGAUUUUUGUUACAAUUUAGUCGUUGUAAGUUGUAACACACAUAAAAAUGAUGUAUUUUCCACCUAUAAAGUGCCUUUUUCUCUCUCCAGAUACUACAGAAUUAGAGUUAGACCUAACCCCAGCUGUGUGAUGGAUUGGGCCUUCAGAGCAUUUAUGAGUGCAAAAAUCUUGGUAAUUUAAUAAAAGCUUGUUUUUUGAAACCGAAUAUUCUUGAGAGAAUGUGUGUAUAUACGCGAGAGUUUGUAGUGAGAGAUCUGGUUGACAUUUCACAGAUUUCUUCCAAAAGAAUUGUGCUCUGUAUUGACACGUGAAAGUUCCUGUUGCUGCCUCGCUUGCACGCAUCAAUCCAAAUUAAAUGCAUUCUGAAACUGA